GCUGCUGCUGCUGCCGCUGCGUACGUUUCGGCCCACCUACCUCUCGCCGAGACCGAUACACGACUCCUCAUUAAAGAACGAGACUCGCAAACGCUAUCCACGCAUUCUCCCGUUAUUCCGCUUUACGCACGGUCUCCUUUGACGUCUACCUGUGCUCACCUGGACUCACCUGAGCACGAGCUUCUGCAGCGGAUAAGGCAGCGGACUUUGGAAAGAAAAUAGGACACUAAAAGGACAAAAAACAGCGCAUCGGAUCGCGUAUUUGUUUGAAAGAGUGGAUCGCGGUGCGGUUUGACGAUGCCGAGGGCGUUUUUGGUGAAAAAGAACAACGUUUCGCCGGGAAAGCGGAACUGGAGCGAAGUGGCGGAUCAUGAAAGAGGCGACGUUUACAUCCCAGUGUCCAUCUUCCCGUCGUCCGCCCUGAUGAUGGAGGCCGAGGCCGCAGAGAGCGCCCCCUUGUGUCUGACCAAACCGUCCGUCUCAGAGUCGUCUUUCACCACGGCGGAGUUACCGUCCAGCACCGUGUUAGGACGCCCGCAGCCGGACCCCCAGGCCCGCCAGGAUCUCCAGGACGUCCAGGACACCCAAGAACCCCAGCCCGAGAGGGGGGAGAGCAGGAGGAGGGCCCAACACAGCGGCAGCUCCUAUGUGCGCUCUAAAAUCAAGGUCACGACAGGUGAGUUGCCAGGCUCCAACCAAUCACCACCGCCCCAGACUGUGACAUCACUGAUCGCCAUGGAAACAGAGACUACGCCACCAAAAUCAGCCAAUCAGAGUCAGAUGACAGCCGCAGGGUCCGUCCCCCUUUUCUCCUGCACGAUUUGCCAAAAGACGUUCCAGUUCCAGCGGAUGUUGAAUCGUCACAUUAAAUGCCACAAUGAAACUAAGAGACACCUGUGCAGCUUCUGCGGAAAAGGUUUCAACGACACAUUCGACCUGAAGAGACACGUCCGAACGCACACAGGAGUUCGCCCGUACAAGUGCGACCUGUGCGAGAAGGCUUUCACCCAGCGCUGCUCGCUCGAAUCCCACAUGAAGAAAAUCCAUGGAGUCACGCUCAAAUACGCCUACAAGGAGCGCCGCAACAAGCUGUACGUGUGCGAGGAGUGUGGCCAUACCGCCCCCACCCAGGACGAUCUGAUGGUGCACCUCCACAACCUCCACCCGGCCAGCGCCUUCCUCAAGGGCAAGAUGGCGGCGGCGAGGAGGCAGAGGGAGCAGGACGGGGAGAGCGACGACACCACGGGGUCGAAUGGACAGUGAGGACGGGGGAGGACAUGUGGAUACUUUGCAGCUGAUGUCAUCAAAAUCUCCUGGGGUGGUGAUGCCAACCGGAGGCACUGUUUUGUCUGAAGCUCUGUUUGUCAAAGUAGACUUUAAUCGGAGUUUUGUUUUUCCGACACAGCCACAACAGAUGAGCUGAUUUGUGCUCUUAAACGAGUCCCUAUCACGUAGCAUUACAGUCACACGUUAGCUAGCGUUAGCCAACAUUUUUUCAGUUAGCCAUUUGAAAAUCAAACUCCUAAACAGGACGUAAACGCUCGGACUGAUCACAAACUCCUAAAAAUGUGCUGUUUAAAUCCGUUUUUGUAUUUUUUUUGCGAGUUUUCGAGACGCUCUUAAGGCUUUUUUUGACAGUGCAUUGUGCCACUAAGGCAACUGCUGAACUUUGUGCCAUAGACAUGCAUGUAGAACGCCCCCAGAGUGAUGUCACUGCAAAGUAUCGAUGUGGGUUAAAUGUAUAUCGUUUUUGUCUGUUCAUGGGUUUCAACUUCCUAUUCGACGGUGCCAUUUUGAGGACGGUUGACCUUUCAAAUUGUAAUAUUUUGUUGUGUAUUGUUAAUUGCUAUGGCAACAGUUAAGUUUUUAUCAUUCUGAAACCCAUGGAUAAGGAAGUCAAGUGCAGUAAUUUUUGGAUUAAACCCAGUCUAACUCAACAAGAGCUAAAGCAGGCAAAAAAUGAAAACAAAUGUGUUAAAAUGACUCGGAUAUGAAUUUACUUUUGUGACAAAGUUUAUUUAAAGCUGCACUACGUAACUUUCCUGAUAGAAGUUCUGCCACCUUCCUCGUCUCCAUGGAGAUGUUGUUGUUUUGGAACUGUAAUGUUCUACAAUAUGGAAUAAAACUAUAAAUCUAUACAUCUACCUCCAUGGGGACAAAGCAGAUUAUGCCGUCCGGCCAAGUUACAGGUCAGAUCUGUGGAGAGGCGACCCCACUCACUGUACGUUUUUGAAGGUAUUUUUUAGCACGCUCCCUUUUUUUAGUGAAACAAUCGAUCGACAGCACAAGUUAGUGAAUACACCCCUAGAAAGUAACUGUAAAACACACAAGCAAAGCAAUAGCAUCACCAUGGAGACCAGCACGUAACCAGAAAAGUUACAUAAUGCAUCUUUAAACUUGUUAUAUAGAAUUUUGUUUGUAUUGAAGCAAGUUAAAUCAUCUGGUUUA